AUGGACCACGAACCACCGCCUGAAACUCCGACCAUAUGUUGCAGAUCCAAUUUCGUAUUCAUCGAUCGGGUAGCAAUGGAACCUAUGGAUAUUGUUGGCAGAACUAAAGAGGACGCUUCGCUUCCUAAAGCUACUAUGACAAAAAUUAUUAAGGAGAUGCUCCCCCCUGAUGUGCGCGUUGCAAGAGAUGCCCAGGACCUUAUAAUUGAGUGUUGUGUAGAGUUUAUUAAUCUUAUUUCAUCAGAAUCAAAUGAAGUAUGUAAUAAAGAAGAGAAGAGAACAAUUGCACCUGAGCAUGUACUCAAGGCUUUGCAGGAUCUUGGAUUCGGGGAGUAUGUUGAAGAAGUUUACGCUGCAUACGAACAGCACAAACUCGAGACAGUGGACACAGUGAAAACCGGGAAAUGGAGCAAUGUAGCUGAAAUGACCGAGGAACAGGCACUGGCAGAGCAACAGAGGAUGUUUGCAGAGGCACGCGCAAGGAUGAAUGGAGGCGCCACAGUUCCCAAGCAACCCGAUCCCGAGCCUCAAGGCCCUCAACCACCUCAACCAAGUUUGAAUACCUAA